UCUCUUCCUCAUUUCAGUACAGGAAGUACGUUUGCAGUGUGAUGCAGAGCUGUCACCGCACUCUACAUGUUUUUCUGGUAAAGUCUCGCUAACAUGAAACAACCCUGCUGCCACCCUGACCCUGUUUGGACAAUAACCCUUAUUGGCACAUUUGAAACACCUGUAAUGAACUGCUAAUUCUAUGGGUUGGAUGCUGGUCCCCUGGAGGAUGGGGAACAUGAUGCGAGGCGGAACUGCCAGCAGCAAAGUGAACACUGAAAACCAGGACAGUGCUCUAAAGGGUUCCGAUGAUGACAUAGUAGUGGUAAUCGACGACUACCCCUCGUUGGAAAUAAGCGAGCCCAUCUACAGAAUGGGGGAGAAGCUAAGAGUCAUUGCACAGGAAGCUUAUUGGUGGAAAGUUCGCUCUGUUGAGACAGGGAAGGAAAACUAUAUACCCAACAGCCAUGUGGUGAGGGUUUAUCACGGGUGGCUGUUUGAGGGGGUGGGGAGGCAGAAAGCUGAAGAGCUGCUUCUUUUACCUGGGAACAGAGUGGGCUCAUUUCUGGUGCGGGAAAGCACCACGGAGAGAGGUCUGUAUUCGCUCUCAGUGAAGCACAGGGCAGUGAAGCACUAUCGGAUCUUCAGACUGGACAACAGCUGGUACUACAUAUCCCCGAAGCUCACUUUUCAAUGCCUUGAAGACAUGAUCAGCCAUUAUUCUGAUUCUUCAGAUGGGCUAUGCUGCACGCUAACCACCCCUUGUCUGUCUGGAAAAACCGAAACCUUGGACAUGAACCCUGGACCGCCAACGGUGGUCAUGCGACACAACUUUGAUUGGACAAAAGUAGAGAGGAACCAACUGGUGAGCACAGAUAGCCAGAGUGACAACAUGGUGAGCUACGGUGUGAGGAACAGCAUCGCUUCCUAUCUGUCCUUGUCUGGCCAGGAAAACCCUCAGCAGCAGCGAGCAGAACGCAGAAAGAAGAAAUCUAAAUCUGUGUAUGCCAUUCCUGAAAGCAAUAAUGCAGAUUUCCAAUAUGAAGAAGACUUCUAAUGACAGAACUGGAUCAGUUUGAAGGAAGUAAAAAAUGAUUGAGAGGAAGCCUGCAGAGACUCCAUGAUAUCUACUACAGCUCCUAGGUAACAGUCGAAAAAUCCAUGGACCCAGCGCUGGUCAGAGUACCUCAGUCAUAAAAGUGAGUUUAAAUAUCAGCACUUUGGAAUCUUUUAACAGUAAAUUAAGUACUCACACUUUAAAGCAAAUAUAAAGAUUGAUGAUAUUUUAUGUGAACAGUGUGUGAAUGGGUUUGAUGUGUGGAUAUACAGCACAUGGCUUCAGUAACAGAACCAAGCAUUAUUGGAAUAGGAAGUAUGUUGAAUACAUAUAAGUACUAGUGGUUCAAACUAAUUCUCUUUGUCUGGAGAUGAGAUUAAUGUUCAUUGACCAAAGCAUGUCUAACUAAGACCACACACACGUCUCUCUCGCCCUAUAUUAUUUCAGUUUAUUAGAUAGACAGAGAGAGCUAUAGAUCUAUAUUUGUUUUAUUUCACUUUCAUUGUAUUCAUUCAUCUGUACCUUAUGAGGUUGUCAUAAGUCAUAUCAUUUUCUAUCCGCCUUGGGUUACACGGUUAAUGAAUAAAAUUUGUUUACUG